GAAAGGGCAGAGAAGCGGGUUCCCCUGGCGUCGUUAACCAUGUCAGGUAGAAAGCCCCGGUCUGUGGCAAACCCUCUGGAGUCUGCGAUCACCACACCGAGUGAGAGGAUACUGAAGGAGUGCCACAAUCUGUAUGUGGACAGCGAAAACGGCUUGGUAAAAAUCGCCAGCAGCCUGGGAGUCCGUCUUCUGCCUCCCAGAAAGAAGAUCAUCGUGAUGAUAAUGGGUAACCACUCUGCAGGAAAGAGCUCCUUCAUUAACUGGUAUGUUGAAGAGCACAUACAGAAAACAGGGGUGGCCAUCGAAACGCAGGGGUUCACCUUCAUCACAAGUGGACGCAAAAGAGAAUCUCUGACGGGGAAUGCAACGCUGCAUCUCUAUCCUCACUUUCGACCGCUCCUGGAGUUCAAAGGUGUUACUGACUACCUGUCUGCUGAGAUCUCCACCUCCAAGCAGAAGAAAUUCAGCCUGGUGACUUUCGUGGACACUCCGGGUUUGGUGGACGGGGACAUGAUCUACCCUUUUGAUGUGAAUAGCGCCAUCACUUGGUUGGGAGAACAGGCAGACCUGAUAUUUGUGUUCUUUGACCCAAUGGGCCAAGCGCUUUGCAAACGCACGCUCAACAUCGUGGAGAAGCUGAGCGAAAAAUGCGCAGACAAGCUGUUGUUCUACCUCAGCAAGGCAGAUGAAGCCGGGAAGGAGACAGACAGACAGAGAGUGAUGAUGCAGAUAGUCCAAGAACUGUGCCGCCGUCCAGGUCUUAACAAAUGUGGCUUUGAGAUGCCAACAAUAUACAUCCCGAAUCCACAGAAGCCGAGCAGGUGUGUGAACCAGAUCGAUGGCGUUUGUCAGACCAUCGAGAAGACCAUUAACCAGGCUGUUCAGAAGACACUGAAUCAGCUGGAGAAAGAUUCUGACCUUAUUUGUUCCACUAUCAGCAGCAAACUAGAGCAGGACAGGGCUGAUGUGGCUUGCAACAAAAGCGUCCGUCUUCAUUCAUUCCUGUGCGGUGCUUUGGGUGUUUUCCUGCCUUUACUCUUCAUCCUCAGUUUUAUUGUGAGCACCUUAUCCAAAGAGCAGCUGGAUGAGCUGUUGGGUGAAGGUGCAACUCGAACCAUCACUAUCUUCACAGGAAUAGUGAUGUAUUUAUGGGACUGGAUACCUGAAGAUGGGCAAGUAGUCUUUGUCAUCAUUUUUGGGGCUUUUUGCUACCUCCUGCUUUUCCUGGCAAAGUAUUUUGCAGGCCGAAGGAAUAAGACUCUGACGAAGAAGGAGAAGAGGACGAUGGCAGAGUACAAUGAUUACAUCCAAGAUAUCGUCAAGACUAAGAAGAGUAAAUUGUAUGAAUGGUAUCUCCAGCAGUGUGCAGCAGAAUAUGACCUCUGACCCUGGGUAAGCUGAAGACACUUUGCACCAGUACCUGUGAGCUCGCAGGUGUA